CAAGAGAGUGACCGGGGAUGCUGCGGAGACUGUAUUAUUAUUAUGAACCACAAGGGGGCGGCCAGUCUUAGAGUCCUGCGAUGCCUGAAUGCGCUGGAUGGCCUGAGCCGGACGGAGUCACAAACUCCAGCAGUUCUCCUCCGCACGCGCGCUGUGUGUCCGUGCUCCUCUGCUCCUCUGGUCCUCUGCACCUCGGACACCCGGGACAUUGAACCACUCCUUGAAGUUUAAGGAGACCGAAACGGUGCACGGAGGGUCGUGAUCUUUUAGAUUUAGUUUAAGUUGCUAUUAUUAUUAUUAUUUUUUUUUUUUGCAUUUAAAAAAAUAUUAUACAUUUCUUGCAUUUUAUCGGUUCCAUCCCUGCACCGCUUAUGACGGAAACUCGCGGCGAGCUGACAGAGCGUGCCUGACCCACGCUCUCCUAUUGCUGCAAAGCCGCUAUAAAGGCGCACUGCGACGAAGACUUCUCUGUCUGUCUUUCUAUCACCCCCUCCUCCUCCUUCGCUUCCUCCUCCUCCUCCUCCUUCCACCCUUCGUACCCUUCUGCCUGGCGCUGUUUACUUGCGGACUUAUACUCCUAAGCCUCCUUGCAUGGAUGUAGGCUACCAUGGCUACGUUUGUGUGCAGGGUGCAGUUUCUAGACGACACCGAUCCGUUCAACAGCACCAAUUUCCCUGAACCUACGCGACCGCCGCUCUUCACCUUCCGAGAGGACAUACCGCUCAUCAACCAGCUCGCCGGAGUGCACAGACUCCUCAAAGCGCCGCAAAAGCUCGAUGACUGUGCUCUGCAGCUAUCUCAUAAUGGAAGCUACCUGGAUCUGGAUUCUACUCUGGCAGAGCAGAAAGAUGAGCUGGAGGGCUUCCAGGAGGAUGGAGGACGAGGCAAAAAGCACAGUAUAAUCCUACGAACACAACUCUCCGUAAGGGUCCAUGCCUGCAUAGAGAAACUGUACAACUCGACAGGAAGGGAACUAAGAAGAGCCCUGUUCUCUCUCAAACAGAUUUUUCAGGAUGAUAAGGACCUGGUGCACGAGUUUGUGGUGGCUGAAGGACUGAUCUGUCUCAUUAAAGUGGGGGCAGAGGCUGAUCAGAACUACCAGAACUACAUCCUCAGAGCUCCACAGCAGGCCCUGCUCCAGAUAAAAGGGAUUGUUUCAGCUCUUGGGCAGAUCAUGCUCUAUGUGGAUGGGAUGAAUGGCCUGAUUGGACACAAUGAAACAGUUCAGUGGCUCUACACUCUAGUUGGAUCAAAGUUCCGUCUGGUGGUUAAGACUGCUCUGAAGCUCUUGCUAGUGUUUGUGGAAUACACAGAAGCCAAUGCUGCACUACUAAUCCAAGCUGUCAACACUGUGGACAAUAAACGAGGUUGUAAGCCGUGGUCAAAUGCCAUGGAAAUCUUAGAUGAGAAAGAUGGUGUGGACACAGAGUUGCUGGUCUAUGCCAUGACCCUCAUCAAUAAGACACUUGCAGGGCUUCCUGACCAAGACUCAUUUUAUGAUGUGGUGGACUUUCUGGAGGAGCAGGGCAUUGAAGCCAUUGUCCAGAGGCACCUCAACAGAAAGGGCAGUGACCUAGACCUGCUGGAACAAUUUAACAUAUAUGAGAUGACUCUUCGUCAUGAGGAUGGUGAUGACGACUUGUCACCGCCUCCAGUGGGCCGCAAGGACCGACGCCGUGCAAGUGUAGGAGGCACACUCGAAAGGCGUGGUCUAGAACGCAGACGCAGCCGCAGACAUUCUCUGCAGAAUGGCAAAGGCCAUGCGUCUGCACCUGCUUCCCCUUGUCACAGCCACAACCCCAACUUCCUACCUUUUAAUGGCCAAAAGAUUGAGGCUGUCACUGAGAGAGAGGAGGUGGAGGAAGAGGAGGAAGAUAAGGAACCACAAAAAGCAGAUACUGUCAGCUGGAUGGCGCCAACUGUAGCGAAAGAGGAGGCUUCUAGCUUGUGUUUGCCCUUUAAAUGCAUGGUCAACCUCAUCCCCAGCACUGCUGAUUCAGAAGCACAGGAGAGUGCCAGGGGCUGUUCUGGGACCAAGGUCAUCCGCAGAGCGCCAGUGUCCUCACCUCCUGUAACUCCAGAUUCUGGUCACUGCGGUCUGUCUUCUUGGGCCUCCGUCAGGUCUCUGGGGGCUGUGCCCUCCCAGGGUUCAUCCGUCACCUCCUCUGCUUCCACAUCCCCCAGUGAAGAACAUCAAAUUUCCCUUUCUCUCCCCUCCUGCCCCCUUCUCUCUCCUUGCCCAUCAGACUCGGACGAGGUGCCUUCGGGGAUCUCGCAAGGCCAGAGAGGCCGAGACGCCAGUCAUUCAGAUAUUAGAUACUUACACACACCCUCUUCAACAUUUGCUUCCAGCGCCACUCCUAGGUUUGGCAGACAAAAUAGCUAUGCUGGCACAUAUCCUGGCAGGUCAUCAAGUGCAUCUAGUGCCCCUUCUACCCCCUUCAACCGUUUUUCUACAGGAGGGUCACCUACCGACAGCAAAACUGACAGACCAGCUCUGGGAAGUUUACUGGCCUCAUCAUACAAGCAACACCAGGAGUCUCUGUCUGCUGAGCGGGAAAGGAGGCGCCAGGAGAGAGAAGGGAAGCUGCUCAGGAUCGGACGAGAGGAGAGAGCUCGUUGCUGUCGCGAUCUUUUGCAGAAGAGAGAAGAGGCCCGUGAAGCCCGUGAAGAAAGGUAUAAAAAGGUGGAGCGUCUGGCAGCAGAGGAGUAUGAGAAGGAGCGUAUGGUAUCAGCGCUAAGAGGUCGCACAGAAAUCACACUCAAUCUUUGCUCCCGCAACUCCUGUAAUUCACGCAGUCCAAUCCCACCUUCCACUGAGUCUCAGGAGAAUAAACGUCCUCACAGCCACACUGCACAAGAAGCUGAGCCAGAACCAAGCCGUGUGGAGUCUCGCUCGGCGUCGCCCGCAGUGUCUGGCCAGCAGUGGUCAUCAGAGACAGAGGAGAAGCAGCGGCCUGUGGAUGAGAAGGACAUUACAGUGUCUGUGUUGCAUACAGAGCCUGACAAUUCAGAUAAUACAGGGAAAUGGACAUUAAGAAAGGAUGAGUAUGAGCAAGGAGUACAGGAGGUCGAGAUAAGUGAAGAUGCUAAUGUGAAGGAAAAAGAGAGAGAAAAGUUAUGCACAGAGGCCGUAAUGGCAAAUAAGGCAGGGACUGAAUUCGAGACAGAAGAGGAGUGUGAGAAAGAGCAAAUAGUGGAAAGAGACACAGAGGAUAGCACAGCCCUCAGUGAGAAAGAGAGAAAGAAUGAGGAACUUAAUGAGAAGGACAACUGCUCGGCUUCCAGCAUCUCCUCAGCCAGCAGUACUUUGGAGAGAGAGGAGCGAGAGGAGAAGCUCGUGUGUGAUAAUGACUCGGGCCAGUGGGCAGAAUGCAUUAAGGCAGCAGAUAUCAACGAACAGUGUGGAAAAGUCAUCAAUAACAAGCGCUUCAUGUUGGACAUGCUCUAUGCACAAAAUAAGAAGUCUGCUGAGGAUGAGGAGAAAGAGAAUGAGAAAAAAGAAGAAUGCCCAGAAGGACAGGACUCAUCAGUAAACAGCCUCACCACUCACAUCUCAAGCCUGGAGGCUCGGCAGCAGGAAUGUGAGGAUAACGUAAAAAAGAUGGAAGUGCAGCACCUGGACAACCACGCCAACGUGAGGACCGUGGGCGAGAAAUUCGGUGACUUGGUGAAGGGGCUCGUCUCGCCUAACGAGGCUGAGAAGGAGAAAGCACCUUCACCUACGCCACCUAAAAAGGAAUCAGAUCACAUCUGGGACCAGCUGAUGGCCACGCCUCGAGAACUUCGCAUUAAAGAGAUGGACUUUACUGACCUUUUAGAGGAGGAUGACAUAGACAUUUUGGAUGUUGGAAACAUGAUAAAGUCAGGUGACCACAUGACACCCCCUCCACCACCCCCAUGUAUACCAAACCUGCCACCAGCACCUCCACUUUUUGGUUGCCCACCCCCUCCUCCUGUUCCAGGAGGGAUGUUACCUCCCCCACCACCUUCCAUUGCAUCAAUGUCUCUAUCGCAUAUCGGUUCUCCUCAACAUAGUCGAGGGGAGCCACCGCUUUUUCAGAAAAAGAAAAAGACCAUCAGACUUUUUUGGAACGAGGUGAGGCCUACAGAAUGGCAACAAGGCAGCGACAAGCGCUACAAGGAAUCAUUAUGGUCCAAACUGGACUCGGUUAAGUUGGACACAGCCAAGUUGGAGCUUCUUUUUGAAACAAAAUCCAAAGAACUUCCUGUUGCAAAGAAAACAGCUGCAGAUGGAAAACGGCAGGAGAUUAUUGUUCUGGACUCCAAAAGAAGCAACGCCAUCAACAUUGGCCUCACAGUUCUUCCACCUCCCCGCACCAUCAAAACGGCCAUCCUCAACUUUGACGAGUAUGCUCUAAACAAGGAGGGUAUAGAGAAAAUCCUGACAAUGAUUCCCACAGAAGAGGAGAAGCAAAAGAUUCAGGAAGCACAGCUGGCGAACCCAGACAUUCCCCUGGGCAGCGCAGAACAGUUCCUCCUUACACUCUCCUCCAUCAGUGAGCUGUCUGCUCGCCUGCACCUCUGGGCUUUUAAGAUGGACUACGAGGUGUUGGAGAAGGAAGUGGCAGAGCCUUUACAGGACCUGAAGGAGGGCAUGAGUCAGCUGGAGAAGAACAAGACACUGUGCUUUAUUCUGUCCACACUACUUGCUAUCGGCAAUUUUCUCAACGGAUCAAAUGCUAAGGGCUUUGAGCUAAGUUACCUGGAGAAAGUUCCAGAAGUGAAAGACACUGUGCAUAAGCAGUCUCUGCUUCACCACGUCUCCUCCAUUGUAGUGGACAAGUUUCCAGAAAGUUCAGACCUGUACUCGGAGAUCGGCGCAGUUACACGCUCUGCUAAGGUGGAUUUUGACCAGCUGCAGGACAAUCUGGCCCAGAUGGAGCGGCGCUGCAAAGCUUCCUGGGACCACCUGAAGGUCAUUGCCAAGCAUGAGAUGAAGCCGGCACUAAAGCAGCGCAUGUCUGAUUUCCUGAAAGACUGUGCUGAGAGGAUCAUCAUCCUCACCAUUGUCCACAGGCGCAUUAUCAACAGGUUCCAUGCUUUUCUGCUGUUCCUGGGCCACCCAGCAUAUGCAGUGAAGGAGGUUAGCAUCCACCGAUUCUGUAAAAUCCUUAGUGAGUUUGCACUGGAGUAUCGCACCACCAGGGAGAGAGUGCUGCAGCAGAAACAGAAGAGAGCUAACCACCGGGAGAGGAACAAGACCCGGGGCAAAAUGAUCACUGACAGUGAGGAUGAAGAAGAUGGUGAGAGCGGUAAGUUUGCAGGAGCUUCAGCAGAUAGUCAGGACACUCCAGCGCAGGGACUUGGCUACGCCGAGGACUCAGCAGAGCACGAGCAGAUGACCGCAGUACUGCGAAACAGUAUGCAGCUCGGAGACACCACCCCUUCAGUCCUGCCUGGUUUGCGCACACGCACCAGAGCCAGCCGAGGCCGCAUGGGACUGUGGUCCUCCGCCAGUGAAGACACGUCUAAUUGCAUGGAAGACACAGCAGACGAGAUCAUGGAGCGCAUAGUAAAGUCGGCAACUCAGGGCCCCAGUCAGCGCAGUCUGCCACGCGAGAGGAGGCGCUCAAGAGCCAAUCGCAAGUCCUUAAGGAGAACACUGAAGAAUGGGCUCACUCCAGAGGAGGCACAGGCUCUGGGACUGGCCAGUGGCUCUGAGAUGCAAGUGUGACAGAGAAAAGAUUCUAGUAGCUCAGGGUCUCAACACAAACGCACACACGCACACACACACACACACACACACACACACACACACACACACACACACACAGACAUAAUCACACACUCUUCAAACAUAGAUACUCUUGAUCAUGUACACUGCAACCAAAGCAGGCUAAUUGAAAGACUGAUAUUUCUGAACACCCACCACUUAUUCUGCGUUUUAAAAGAUAAGCACAGUGUCAGCUGCCGUUCAACCUACUAGUCUACAAACCUCUAACACUAGUGGGCAUACACACACAUACACACACACACACACACACACACACACACACACACACACACACACUCUUGUCGCCCUGUUUUUGAAGAAAAGUUCUUUACAGAGACAAACCUACUAGUGUUUCUUACCACUGUGGCCUUGAGAGUGAACCCAAAGGUCGGUGUUUGGAACGAGGCCGAUCUCUUGCAUCCUGGUUACCAACCGUUAGCCGUUUGGUAAACUCUUGCCUGCUUUGGUUAGUAGCACAUUCAGCAUUCAUGUCCAAUGGAAAUUGCAGAGCACAGAUUUAUAGAAAUCACUGAUGUAGAUAUCAAGGAGUGAUUUUCUCUGCACUGCUGUGGUAUUACUGAUAUAUUUUUUUUGCACGUUUUAUUUUUAUUUUUUAUUCAGUACAGAUUAUUGAUUGAGCCUGAGACUGAACACGUUUGACACACAAUGCUGACCUACAGCACCUUCUGCCAUUUGUACUGUAGUCCAUCUGCUAAAAGUGGUGAAGGAGAUUAGGUGUAAAAUCUGUUUCCAGACACCAAUCAUCAGCUAGUCUUAGCCUACGAAGAACUUCGGCGCUGCCUCGAUGUUAACUGUUAUAAAUUCAAUAGCGUGAGAUGCAUGCAAACUGUACUUGUGGCAUUUGGUCAUGAUGUGUGUUUUUGGAAACAGACAGAGGGACGUGGUCUCUUCAGCACAACAGCACUCUUGUUUGAGAGGUUUUCAGGAGCAACGCUUAAGUGUCAUUCGGUUAUACAAAGAAAAUAAACGGCCAUUCUCUAAUGCGAAACAUUAUAUAUCUGACAAUCCACUCAGCUGUACUACAGGACCCAGUAGUACCUCCCAGCACCUUACUAUGUGUAGCGUCAUUUUAAAGCAAUGUCAAGUAUUAACAAGAACAAAAAAGUAUCUUUGUGUUUGUCUGAUGUCUUCUUCUCAGAUAAUCGAGUACUGUAAAAUGAACUAGUAAAAAUCUAAUGUAGAAACAAAAUGUUCCCUAAGAUAAAUGCUGUACAAUUGUGUAAAUCUGUUUUUAUUUUUGCAUCUGUUGCAUUUGUAUUUGUAUAGAAUAGUGUAUUAUAGGUCAGAAGCAGUGUUAUUCUGUGAUUAUUAUAAUUUAAGAAAAGUAAGCAAGCCAUGAAUUCGUUCAAAACUAAGAGAAAGCGGGCGAGUCGAGUCAAAGGGAGCUUCUGUGACGUCAGUUUGAUGCUCAGCGAUGUUUGUUUGUUUGUUUUUUUUUGCACAAACCUGAAAAAUGUUUGGUCCUUGUAUCCCAUUCAGUUUCCACUCGUGCUCAAAAGCCUUUCAAGAUCAUUGCACUUAAAUACACAGAAUCGAGUCAUGUCCAACCUUUUGCUGCAAGUGCCAUAAAAGUGGGUAUCGAAUAAGAGUACCAAGAAUGUGAAUUUAUCUUCUUAAUACUCACAGCAAAAAAUAUAUACUGUAUACAAUCUUGCAAUAAAAAGCUUCCAGAGAAA